AUGACGUCCCUCAGGCUGGCCGCUCUCUGCGGCUCGCUGCCGCCGCUGCUGUUGCUGCUGCUCUGUACGGUGGCCGCUACGGCAGCUUACGAACCAGAGGACGUGGAGGAGGACCGCGUGCUGGGGCAGAACGCGUCGCUGUCUUCGUUCCCGUGGCAGGCGACGGUCGAGUUCAGCGGCUCGCCGCGCUGCAGCGGCUCCAUCCUGACGCCCACCAUGGUGCUCACCGCCGCACACUGCACCAUCGACGGGAUCGCGCAGUACAUCACGGUGCGCGUGGGGACGUCGACGCUCAACAGUGGCGGCGACGUGUACCAAGCGGACGCCAUCUACAUCCACCAGAACUACAAGAUGUUCAGCGAGGACUACGACGUGUCGCUGCUGCCGCUGACGAGCGAGAUCGCGCUGGAGGAGGGCCGCGUCGAGGUGAUCCCGCUGCCCGGCAACGAGACGCUGCCGCCGGAGCUGGGGGCCGUCCUCAACGUGACCGGCUGGAGCACUGAGAACGGCACCUCUGCCGACACCCUGCAGUUGUCUCAGAUGGUGGUGGUGAACAACACGGAGUGCGUGGACGGCCAGGGCGGCAACCUGACGGAGCGCAUGCUGUGCGUGGCGCCCCUCGAGGGCAGCAUCUGCAAGGGCGACGAUGGCGGCCCGGCAGUCAUCGACGGCGUCCAGUUCGGCAUCGUCUCGGUGGCGCCCUACUCGUGCGACACCAACACCGUGCUGGUCAACCUGGCCGAGUACUACGUGCGAGACUGGAUCCGGUACUUCUCCGGAGUGUGACGACACGCUUGACUUGCCCUU